CCCAGCCCGGAUGUAGCAUUUCUGCAGGUCUCCAAAUCAGGCGGAGAUGGCGGCCAGGUGGGCACGCAAUGUCUGAGUUGGUGAGAUCCCAGCCCUCUUGCGGGCGGUUAUGCUUGUAGGGAAAUGGGCUGCAGCCCACGCUGCAGGAUGGAUGGGUGUCUCAGGAGUUGUUUAACAGCACCUUCUGUCCCAGUUCUGCUUUCCUCGUUCUUUCGGUUCAUUUUCUUCUUGCGCUUCUUCUCGUCUUGGCUGAUUCCCGCUGCCAUAUCUGUACGGCGUCCAAAAUGGGUCGCCGUGCUGCGGCAGACACCAGCAAAGCCUCCUCAAUCCGCUCCGCCAUGCUCCUUUGCCCCGUUCCAGGCCCUCCAAUCGACGGGUACCUUCCCCUCCUACCGCGUCGACUAUCAAGCCCAUCGACCGCCCCUCUAGAGAUGAAGCCUUCCAGCACGAUGUGGCUCGGGACACGGAUAUCCAGGGGGUAUCCUAGAUCAAGUGUCAUCUUUCCGAAUGUCCCACUGGGUUUUGGGGCGUUUUAUUCGAGGAGAGCCCGGUGGCAGAGUGAUGACGACCUUGCUCCUCCUCAACACAGAUUCUGGCCGUCCGUCGAUUCCAGUUCAACAGCACCAACAAAUCGAGUCUCCAUCUCGGCCAAUCGUGACGGGCCUUCGAUGCUGCCUGCGCCAACACAUCCAUCACCUCCUUUCAACCUCCUCGUGCUUGACUUAACCACCCGAUAUAGCCAUCACUCGUGUCCAAAAGCCGGCGGCAUCGGUCCCAUCGUCGUUGUCGUUGUCGUGGACUCUGCUAUCUCGUCAUUUGACUUGUUCCCCGAGUGGUCGUCACGGCCCACGCCCAGCACCGCCAUGGCACGCUCGCACCAGAACCGGGGACAAGACGUCCCAGCACCGGAUCCUGGGCACCGUAUGAUUGGUGGCCGCCUCUACUAUUUCGACGGGCAUGGCCAGGCAGUUCGGGUACAGGAUGACACUGGCACCCAAGCUGCCAGACCUGCCGAACAGGCACGGCAACCACCGCCGCAAGGCCUUGGCAACGUCGGACGGGCCUACAGCACGACAUUUGAUGGUGCAGUCGAAUCAAACACCCAUAGCUCGGCUGCCAUGGAUCCCAGGGCGUAUGCAAGUGGUGAGAUUCAAGAUCCUCGGGUCCAAGUAUGGCGUCGACGUGUCUUCUUAUCGUCUUUCCCUGGUGCUGACGAGAAUACAACAGGUCCAGAACUCCGCCCCGAGCAUGCAAGACAGUGCCUUUCAGAACGGGCAACCAGCCUCCCCGUCCUCGACGAUGACAAACUUUGGGAGUUGUCCAAGGUAUGCAACCGUUCCAAGCCGCCUGGGAAGAGAAGCUUAUCGUGCAAUAGCACCACCGGAAGCUACCUUCCAGGAACAGACACUAGUCCAGUCCAAGUCCCAAGCCACACGAGGGACAUUGAUGAUUCGAAUGCCAACUAUAACUGGGGUAUGGACCAGUUUGUCGCGAAUCAGACGGUGCACGCGGGAGCGCGAAACAACGCCCCAUCAUUGUCUAUCGAAGUUUUGGAUACCAUGGGACAGUAUUAUAAGAGUUUUCCUAAAGACGCAGAUCAAGGUCGCCGUGGUAGGAACCUCAGUGAUUCAGAUGAGAAUGGGAGGGGCCGCAAACGCCGAAAAGCGUCAAAGACGAAGUCGAAGGACGGAACGAAGAAGAAGCCCAAAGAUGAUGGAAAGGAUGAGAAGAAGACGAAAGACGACAAGAAGGACAAGAAGGACAAGAAGAAGCCGAAAGAUGACAGGAGGGAUAAGAAGAAGGGGGAGCCAACGGAAUAA